AUGAGGGAUGAUGAUGAUGAUGACGACGACGACGAUGAUUAUUCUUGUUUUUGGGGGAGAUUUCAAAACUGUAGUCAAAUUGAAGCAGUUCAUCUCAGCAUGAGGCUGUGGAUGUCAGCGGUGGCCUCUCGGCGACGCAAGGGCCUCUGCGCUGAUAAACCCAUGCACGGGCUCCCUUGGCGCUCUCCCCUCGGCAUCCGGUGGCUGCGAUCCCUGCAUCCCUGCGAGCUGAGGCCCCUGCACCGUGAGCGGCAAAGGAGGACUAGGGUGGGGGGCUUCAGGAAGAGGAAACAUGACAACUUCCCGCAUAGCCAGCGGAGGGAAGGGAAGGAUGUCAGUUCGACUUCGCCCGUGAUGCUGGCCUUCAAAUCAUUUCAGCAGGAGCUGGACGCGAGGCACGACAAAUACGAGAGGCUUGUGAAGCUAAGCCGGGACAUUACUGUUGAGAGUAAGAGGACGAUUUUUCUUCUCCAUAGGAUUACAAGUUCUCCUGAUAUGGAGGAGAUACUGACGGAAUCAGAAACUAAACUGGAUGGUGUCAGGCAGAAAAUACUACAGGUAGCCCAAGAGCUCUCGGGAGAAGAUAUGCACCAGUUCCACAGGGCUGUCACCACAGGACUGCAGGAGUAUGUGGAAGCUGUCUCUUUCAAACACUUCAUCAAGACUUGCUCACUAAUCAGUAUGGAGGAGAUUAACAAGCAGUUGACGUUUACAACAGAAGACAGUGGGAAAGAAAGCAAGACCCCUUCCUCUGAGGGACAAGAUAAGCAGCUUGUUAUGUGGAGACUGAAUGUCACACUUGUUGACUACCUGCUGGGAGUGGCCGACUUCACUGGAGAACUGAUGCGAAUGUGCAUCAACAGCGUGGGGAAUGGGGACAUUGACACUCCCUUUGAAGUGAGCCAGUUUCUACGCCAGGAUUAUAAUGGGUUCUCUUUCAUCGGCAACACUGGGCCCUAUGAGGUGGAGAACGCGUGCUACGCCCUUAAAGUCCGGGGCUCCGAGAUCCACAAGCACAUGCUUGCAGAUGUGUUUUCAGUUAAGACAGAGAUAAUCGAUCAGGAAGAGAGCAUUUCCUAA